CAUAUUGUUAAUAUUUAUGCUAUGUAUUGGGAUACAGAAAUAAUAUAAGAUGUUUUUUUCCAUAAUUAAUAAAAUUAUAGUUCUAGGAAUAUUGAUUUUAAUUGUUCCUACUUAUGGCAAUCAAAGCACACAUUUGAAAACUAGAGAUUCUAAAGUAAGCAUAGAAAAUACGCCGUUUAAGGAUAUUGUUGUUAAGGAUGAAGAAAUCGUUGUUUAUAUUUUGCAAGAAGAUUAUGAAAAAGAUGAAGAGAAAUGCAAAUCAAAGCUUAAGGAAUAUUGUGAAGAAUUGAAAGGAAUAGAUUCAGAAUUAAAUAAAGUUCAUAGUAAAAUUAAAGAAAUUUGUGGUGAUAUAGAUAAAAAAUGCAGAGAAACAAAAGCAAAGAUUCAAAAAAAAGUCGAGGAAACUGCUAAUUUAGUCACUGAUUAUAUGAGUAGAAGCAUCUCUUAUAAAGAAUGCGAUCAAUAUUAUCAAACAUGUAUGUUUUAUGAACCUACAAAAGAAAAAGAUGUUUUAGGUUUCUGCAGUCUCCUUAGAUAUUUCUGUUAUUUUCUCAGGGAUACAGACAUGAGAAAUGAAGUCAUUCUUAGAGCUGUUUCUACUAGUAUUUCUGGAUCUAAAGAUUUCGCGGAAAAAAGGCAGAAUAAUUGUCCAACAUUGAUUAAACAGAGUAAUGAUCUAGCUUUAUUCUGCCUUGAAGAUAUUUCACUUGAAAAUUUCAAUAAAAGUAUUGAUGGGUUUUGCAAUUCUUUAAAUGAUUUCAUUGAUAAUGAUAAAAAAGAAGAAGUAUGUCAUGAAAAACUCGGAAUAUAUCCUCUUCUCAAAGAGAGAUGUGAAGAGAAAAACGAGAAAUUGAAGGAACUAUGCAAGGUAAAGAAUAUUACAUAUAGGCCUCCAGUUAAAGAUUUUAAUCCGAUUGAGCCGGAAAUGACAUUGUUAGAGGAUAUUGAUCUAGAAAAUCUUUAUAAAGAAGGAAGAAAUAGAGGGCUAAUUCUUGGAGCUUUAGAAAAAACGUUGGAUGACAUGUUAAUCUUUUUGUCUCGGAAUAGUAAACCUGAUGAGAUGGAAGAAAAAUGCAAUAACGUACUAAAUACUAGGUGUACUUAUCUUAAAACUAUAAGUUCUAAAUUUAUGGAAUUAUGUGAAAAUAGUAACAAAAAAGAAAAAUGUAAAGAUAUAUCAAAAAUGACGGAUAGGUGUACAAAGCUUAGAAUAAGACUUUAUGUAGAUGGAACUUCUACAAAAUUUAAAGAUAAUUCGGAAUUAUUGUCUUAUGAUAAGUUUUCGACAUCAUUUACCGAGGAUGAAUGUUUAGAGGUUAUGUCAGAUUUUUUUUUUAUUAGAAGACCAUGCGAACCUAAUAUGAAUAACGAAUACCAAAAUAUAAUAAUUGCAUGUUAUAAAAAGAAAGAAGAUCAACUAUUCAUUAAAUUAAUUGGAAGUGAGUUGUACAAACUUAAUAAAUUAGAAUCGAAUGAUGAAAGAUUUAAUAAAUGCCAAAAAAUAGUAUUGGAAAAGUGCGCUACAUUUAAAAAUAAUAAUGUUGGGAUUUUUAUGAGAUGCCUUCGGCCAAAGGAGAUAUGUCUUAGAUUUGAAAAAAUUAUUUCGUCUCAAUUGAAAGAUCUAGAACAAGUUUUGAAUACAGUACGGGAUUCUCCUAAUGAAAAGGACUGCAUUAAAUUGAAAGAGGAUUGUGAAGGUAUUUUGAAAGAUUUAGGUUUAAAUAAUGGGAAAUGCGUUACAUUGAAAGAGCGAUGUGAAUAUUUUAAAGUUACAAGAGAACUGAAAUAUGCGUUUUUGAAAGAAAAAAGUGAUGCAUUAGCGGAUAAUGAAAAAUGCAUGAAAGCCUUGAAGGAUAAAUGUGAUAAAUUACCUAAAGUGAUGGGGGGGGGGGGUUAUAUCAUGUUUCAUGCGCUUUACCAGAAGAAACAUAACCUGGAAAAACAUGAAAUUGUGAAUAAAACUAAAAACGUAAAUAAAACAUUGGUUGAAGAAACCUGCGUACUAUGGGAUCCAUAUUGUGAUCAACUUAUGGAAAAUUGUCCAGAGACAUUAAAAAAUGAUUCCAGUAACGCUGAUGGGAAAGGAGUCUGUUUACAACUGAAAGAGAACUGCGUGCCAUUCUGGGAGAAAAAACAAUUGGAGGAUGGACUAACUUAUCUCUUGAGAGGUAAUUUAGGAGAUGCAAGUAAAUGUAAAGAAACCUUAGAAAAGUAUUGCGCCGAAUGGAAAGCGGCAUCAAAUGAAACAUUCAAUGCUUUGCUUGGUAAUUGUAAUGAUACUACCAAGGAAGAUGUUUGCAAAAAAUUAGUUGAAAAAGUAAAAAAGAUGUGUCUUUCUUUAAAAACCGAUCUGGAAAAAGCGAAAAAUGAGUUGAUAAAGAACAAGAAUGAGUACGAAAAGGCCAAACAGGUGGCAAAAGAAUCUAGGAAGAAAGCUAACUUAUUGCUAUCGAUACCUCGACAAACUGUAACGUCAAGUGCGCAGAAUAGCAGUGGUUCUGUACCAGCACAGCCACCACUAGCACCUCCAGCAGCACCAGAAGCACCAGCAGCAGGAUCAUCUUCUACAUCAAGUGGAACGCCAAACGCAGCAGAUGGAACGAAAGGGAAUACAAAACUUGGACUUGUUAAAAGAGCGUAUGUAGCAGGAGGAGUAUCAGAAGCAGAAGUAAAAGCAUUUGAUGACACGGCAAUAGCAAUGGAGUUGUAUUUGGAAUUGAACGAGGAAUGUAAAGCUUUAGAACUAGAUUGCGGUUUUAAAGAGGAUUGUUCAGAUCUUGUUGUUUGCGGAGAAAUAGACACGUUAUGCAAAGGAAUAAAACCAUUAGAAGUUAUGCCUUAUCAUACAGAGACAAUAAUAAAAGAAACCAUGACAGUUACGAUGACGGAAACAAAGACCAUUGACAAGGCUGAUGGGAAGACCGGUACGAAGACUAUUACGAUAGCCGAGUCAGUAGGUGGAGGAAAAGUAGCAGAACAGUGUACAUUAGUGCGGACGACAGAUAUAUGGGUGACGAGUACGUCAUUGCAUACGAGCACCGUGACAAGUACGCCUACUGUGACGUCUACAGUGACGUUGACCUCAAUGCGCAAGUGCAAGCCUACAAAAUGUACUACUGAUUCAAGCAGAGAGACAGAUAAAGGAGAAGAAGGAAAAGAUGAAGAAGAUGUAAAACCGAAUGAUGGGAUGAAAAUAAGAGUUCCUGAUAUGAUUAAAAUAAUGUUGUUGGGAGUGAUUGUUAUGGGGAUGAUGUAA